AUGAUAUUAUGUGUAGAAGUCGAAGAGGGUGAGCACGUGGAAAAGGAGAUUAUUCAGCCGUCUGGCGACGAAAGUAGACGCCUUGCCGAAGAUCGGGCUCAUUUCGAUGAAAUGAAUAUCCUGGCAACGCAUCAUCCGAGCAAUAAGGAUUAUGGGUACGGGACAGUUACUGAUUUUGUUUUUUUCUUAAGGCACAUGAAAAUUGAUGAGCCGAAAACCCCGUAUCACGGGUACAGUGACAGUGAAGAUGACGCAGAAUGCCAUUCGACAAAGACGCAUCGCAGGGUUUCACUAGUAGGAACGGUUGACCCAGUGAAGCUAGCUGAAGGUAUCAAAGCAGGCACAUCGAGGCCACCAGCGUGUCUUACAAAAGUUGCGUCGAGUGAUGAUGAGGAAACGGAGCUCACGCCUGAACAAAUUGGUAAGUUUUAG